GUCGGCAGGACGCGCUCUUCUGGACGAGGGGGGUCUAUGAGUUCUGCCACGGGCAAGGCGCAUGGUCCAACUCGAAAGGCAAGAGCUGGGAUGGUGCCACGGGCAAGGUGACUCACUGGGGUGCCCAGAGUUCCUUCGGCUACGCUGCUGCAGCCCUA